GCGCCCUGCGUGUGCGGCUCAGCGGCGGGGACCGAGCUCUGCAGCUCCCCUCCCGGGAAGCGGGAGCGGGAGGAAGGACCCGGGCAGACGCCUCUCAUAGCAAUAUCUAUAUUUUUCCAGCCUGGGCUGCCCCUUGCCGGGCGGGGGGCUCCCUCCAGCGCUCCCGACAGCCGGCGAGAGGGCGAGCGCUGUGCUUAUUUCUUUGCAAGGAGACCUCUUCAGGCACCCCGAGCGGCGCUCCCCGGCCUUUUGCAAUAUAGAGGGGAAGCAGGCCAUGGUGAACCCCGGCGGCAGCGCGCAGCCGCCCCCGGUCACGGCGGGCUCCCUCUCCUGGAAGAGGUGCGCCGGCUGCGGGGGGAAGAUCGCCGACCGCUUCCUGCUCUACGCCAUGGACAGCUACUGGCACAGCCGCUGCCUCAAGUGCUCCUGCUGCCAGGCCCAGCUGGGGGACAUCGGCACCUCCUGCUACACCAAGAGCGGGAUGAUUCUCUGCAGAAACGACUACAUCAGGUUAUUUGGAAACAGUGGUGCUUGCAGUGCCUGUGGACAGUCCAUUCCUGCUAGUGAGCUGGUCAUGAGGGCACAGGGCAACGUCUAUCAUCUUAAGUGUUUUACAUGCUCUACCUGCCGGAAUCGCCUGGUCCCCGGAGAUCGGUUUCACUACAUCAAUGGCAGUUUAUUUUGUGAACAUGAUAGACCUACAGCUCUCAUCAAUGGCCAUUUGAAUUCACUUCAGAGUAAUCCACUACUGCCAGACCAGAAGGUCUGCUAAAAGGUCAGAGUAAUGCAGAAUGCGUGCCUUCAUCUCAAAUUUUGUUCAUCACAGAUGGAUCCCAUGUCUCCAAGUAGACAAGUCACCUUUGUAGCUAGCAUCAAUGCCAGCUCCAUACCAUUGCACCUUCUUUAUUCUUGAUUGCCCUUCCCACAUUUAUUGGUGUAUUAAAAUGACUGAAUAUGAACAUUAAGGACUCCAUGAACCUGGGCUAAUGGGAGACUGUAGAGAAAAUGAAAAAAGAUCCACCGGAGGACAUCUUUGGGGGGGGUGGGUGGGGAAGAUGACUAAUGAAGCUAAUUAAAAGAAGCAUUGAAAUCUGCUUUCUACCCUCAUUAACAAUUAGCAGGGCACUGGCCAGUUUGUACCCUGUGUUUUACCUUAACAACAUUCUAUUUGCUCUUUGUAUAUUUAAGUGUUGUAAGGAAAUGUGUUUCAAUCAAACUGAACAUGAGAUAAAGAUGUGGCUUUUGUGAUAUUCUAUCACAAACACUUUUAUUGUAUCUCUGUAAAAUACAAUGUAUGUAUGCAUGUAAGUGUUUUUGUCCUAAUGUUGCUACUUCCCAUGGCAAAAAAAAAGAAAGAAAAAAAAGAAAAAAAAAAGUCAGGCUCAUAGCAGCUACUGUGUAGAAAUUUUCACCUACUUCUAAUUUGCUGAAUGAAGAAAAAUCUUUUAUUUGUGAUAUUUUCAGAGACAUUUGCUCUAGUAUGGUGUAUUUAAAUAAUAAAAAGUAAAACAAACAAAACUGAA